CAGCUCCAUCCUUUCCUUCCUCCAGCGGAGAAAAAUGAAACGGAGUGGUGUCUUGGUGGCUAAAGGUUAAAACAAAAUAAAAUAAAAUUCCAAGCCCUUUCAAAAGCACCGCAACACAACGCAAAAAUAGAAGGAAAUCGCCAUUAUGGCAGAGGAAGCGAUUUUAGGUUACUUAGAGAAUCACGAAGAAAUCUCCGAUUCUGGCCAGUUCGCUACUGAAAUUGGACUCGAUCACAACGACGUUGUUAAUGUCAUUAAAAGCCUCCACGGUUUCCGCUACAUUGAGGCCCAGGAUAUUAAGAGAGAAACAUUGGUGCUCACUGAAGAGGGUAGAAAAUAUGCUGAAAAAGGAUCACCUGAAGUUCAACUCUUCUUGGCUGUACCAGAGGAGGGUAGCAUUUCGAAAGAAGAAUUGCAGAAACUGCUAGAUCCUGCAGUCUUCAAAAUAGGGUGUUCUCAGGCUGCAAAGAAUAAAUGGGUGCAAAUGGGAAAUCAAAUAUCUAGGAAGGUUCAACAUGUUGAAGACAGAGUGAAGGAUCUUCUUUUACGGAUACAAGAUGGGCAGGAACCUGGCAAAGAUGAUAACAACUCUCUCAAAGCAAGAAAGCUUACUGCUCUGCAAACCUGGAAGGGCUACUCAGUUAAAAGAGGUCCUGAUUAUGCUCCAACAAGAAGGAGAACUGCAACUGAUUUGACUCGAGAACAUCUGCUGGGGGGUGAUUGGAGGAAUAUAGAGUUCAAAGAGUACAACUUCAGUGCCAAAGGUCCACCACCUGAAAGUGGCCAUCUUCACCCGCUCAACAAGGUGAAAGAACGAAUCAAAAACAUCUUCCGUCUAAUGAACUUUGAGGAAAUGCCAACAAAUAAAUAUGUUGAGAGCAGCUUCUGGAAUUUUGAUGCACUGUUUCAGCCACAACAACAUCCUGCCCGCGAUUCACAUGAUACCUUCUUUCUUAAAGCUCCUGAAACAACAAAGCAACUGCCUGAAGAUUAUGUUGAGUUGGUGAAGCGUGUUCAUGAGUCUGGUGGCUAUGGGUCAAGGGGAUAUGGAUAUGAGUGGAAAAGAGAGGAAGCAAACAAAAAUCUUUUGCGAACUCAUACAACUGCAAUUUCUUCUCGGAUGCUUUAUGCGCUAGCACAGCAUGCAAAACAGCAGUCGUUUACCCCCAAAAAGUACUUCUCCAUAGAUCGAGUUUUCAGAAAUGAAGCAGUUGAUCGAACUCAUUUAGCAGAAUUCCACCAGAUAGAAGGUCUGGUGUGUGAUCGAGGGCUUACACUAGGUCACUUGAUUGGAGUGCUGCAGGACUUCUUUUCGCGUUUAGGCAUGGACAAGCUGAAAUUCAAGCCUGCUUACAAUCCAUAUACCGAGCCUAGCAUGGAGAUUUUCAGUUAUCACGAAGGCCUCAAGAAAUGGGUGGAGAUUGGAAAUUCUGGCAUGUUCAGGCCUGAAAUGUUGCGUCCUAUGGGAUUCUCGGAAGAUGUCAAUGUUAUUGCCUGGGGCCUUUCGCUUGAAAGACCAACCAUGAUAUUAUAUGGGAUCAAUAAUAUCAGAGAUCUUUUUGGACACAAGGUGGAUCUUGGGCUCAUCAAGAAAAACCCUCUAUGCCUUAUUGGAAUUAGGUAGAUUGUGAAAUGGUUCUGCUCUUUCUUCUGUUCCAACUUCCAUCUUUAGUUUUUGAGAAACAAGUUUGGUUGAGUUUAUGCCUGGGGAAACCAGAUUGAUACUGCAGCAACCCAAAUCAUCAAAUGGGGGACAGCUAGAUUAGAUAUUCUCUAGGCCUUGAGUUUUCAUUGAUGACUGCUCAGUCUGUAUUCUUUUGGCAUCACCAAUCUUAUGCCAGUCUUCAUUUGUUUUGUACUUUAGUAGCAAUAGCUACUGACAGUGUGCCUGUUCUAUGCUGCAUAGCAGUUUUCAAAAUUUUAUUUUAUUUAAUUCUGUGUCGAUUAAAAUAGAUAUUUGUAAUCAAUGUAACUAUUUAAAUUCUGAAGGAAAAAAUAUACAUUGCUUGGCAAA